GGUCGAAAAUGCAGGAGCGAAGAGAUGGCGGGACGAGCGGCGCGACGGUUAAAAUAAAUGCAACGGUCGCUUUCCAUCGGUCGAUCGGUCAGUUAACGAGCAUGGCUCUGCGCGACUGGUACGCGGAUCGCGAGCUUCUCCUUACAGGAGCGACGAGCGACGUGGGACGAGCGUUGCUCGAGAAGAUCCUUCGCUCGUUCCCUCGCGUGAAGGUAUACGCGAUCGUUCGUUCCCGCCACGGAUUCACCAAAGACGACAGAAUCAAGAAUAUCUUUCUUUCGCCACGAUUCGAGAGGCUGAGACAAGAGGAUCCGAACGCUCUUUCGCGAGUGAAAGCGUUGGAGGGUAAUUUGAUGUACGACGAAUUCGGCACGAGCAAGGAGGACAGGGAGCUGUUGGGAAACGUGAGCGUGGUGUUCCACGCCGGUGGCCCGUGCGACGAGAUAUUUCGACUCUCGAAACGAUCGUCGCGUGUCCAAGCUGUGGUAGUGGCGACGAGCAUCUUCGAGCGGGCGAGCGGUGACCGAGUGGCCGAGGAGGGCGGGGAGGGUGGGGAGGGCGACCGAGGACCCGUGGCGCUGGUGCGGGUUCCGUUGGUCGGGCCCGCACUCCGCGAGCCGAUGCCCGGAUUCGUGGACACGCUGAAAGGAUCGACAGCUUUGAUAGCGGGAGCGGGCCACGUCCUCGGCAAUCCGAGCCUUCAAGCGGAAAUUAUUCCGAUCGAUCUGGCGGUCAACACCUUGAUCACUGUUGCUUGGGAACGAGCCACCUCAAAAGAUACACGAGGUCCAGUGAUAUACAACGCGAUCCCGAUAGGAUGCACAUGGAGCGACCUGAUUAAGAAAUCUAAGCGAGCCAACCGAAAGUUUACAUAUCCGACUUUCGGCUUCCGUGGCAUGACAUCUAUAGUAACGCUGCAUUGGACUCUGGUGGUGCUCUUUGAAUGGUUGCCAUCCACACUCUGCGACACGAUUCUCGGACUAGUCGGGGCAAAGAAAAGAUUUCUCGUGGAGUAUCAAAGAGUCCGUGAUGCGCUUCGAUCCCUUGAGUCAAUUUCAUCAAGAGUGUGGUCAGUGGAGAGGAAUCGCGUGUAUCUGGUUCAACAACGUCUCGCCACGGAGGACCAAGUUAUAUUUCCGGUUUCCACGGAAAUCGACGUCGAGAGUUACGCUCUCUGCUCUGCGGCAGCCGCCAAAAAGUAUUGCGUGGACGAGGGUAAUAUCAGCCUCAUAAAAAUCUUCCGACUACUUUUCCACUUUCUUAUCGCCGCGCUCCUCUUUUGCACGUUCUUCUUCAACGGAUAUCACGUACUCGCCAAGCACACCGAAUUCUGAAAUUUUUAACUUUGAACGUGUCAUUUGUCUACAACUUAAAUGUAAGUUUGAAAUACUGUGCCUCAAUUUUAGAGCGCUGGAAAAUGAAAAAAGACGUAAAUUAGAAAAUACACGAGUUAGAAAUGGAGGAUAUUGUUAUCCGAGACAGAUAAUGUUUAUGUAAGAAUCUUUUUUUAAGAAUGAUUGCAAUGUGUAUAUAAUUAUAAAAAAGAAAGCAACGUAAUUACAAUAUAAUUUAAGUACAAUACAAUUUUGAAAAUUCGA